CUAGCGGCACUUCCGCGCGUUGUUCGCCGCCCAUCAUGAAUUCCAAUGCAAUUCCCCUCCCAAGUAACCAUCAUCUUUACUCUUGCCCGACGCUUGAAUUCCCCUUUCUCAACAUCCUAUUAGUGCACGAGGCACAGGGUGUUCCCCUGCAUGAGAUACAUCGUCCUACUCGCAGAGGUUCACGGCACAGAGAUUCUGGCAUCGGACGCUGCUGGCCCCGUGCGACUCCAAUAAUUCGGUGAAACUGUUUCCCGCACCACUACUCCUAUACCUCCGCAACAAUGGCUCCUCGCGGGCCUGCGAAAACUCGCGACUAUGACUAUUCUAACGUCGGUAAAGCUGGGAGGUAAGUAAUGCAGGGGCAUGUCUCCUUAGGAAUCCUCCGUCAUUUCGGCAAGGGAACCCUGACAAUGGCACGGGAUGUAGACGAACGGGAGUUACCUUAAAAGAAGGCAAGCGCGACGAGCAUGGAAUGGAGGAGAUUGAUGGGAUUUUCUCAUCUCCCGAAAAGUCACCCGAAGCAUAUGGCAACAACACUACGAUUGGGUCCGAUGGAAUGUCCAUGGAUGAAGGCAAUGGGCUUGGGCCCGCUGACUUCUUGAGUGGAACUCAUGGGGGGCGCGCAUCCUUCCUCCCGCCGCCGGUUGCGCGGUCUCCCAUGAAAUCCGGCUUGAGUGGAUCACCGCGGCGAACUCCUGGCUUGCGAUCUUCUGCAAGCCCGCAACGUGACAUUCUCUCUUCCAGUCCAUCAGAUGGUAAGGGGCUUGGGAGUGCUAAGGGGGAAACACGGCGUGAUGUAUCCCCUCUUACCAACCGUUCCAUCAAUGCGCCCUCUCUAAACCAUGUCAAUGGCCUGCGGAAUAAUAAAGGAAUCAACAAGACGGCAGGAACCACGGUCACAGUUGACUUCUCAGACAGUGACGCUAAUAGUCAAAUGAACGGAGACGAAAACGCGAAUGCAUUUGAGCAGAUGCGAAACAAUUACGACGACAGUUUCAACGCUGGCGACGACACUUUCGCGGAAGAUCAACAGGAUGAGUCUGAGCGCGUUGAUCGUGUCGACAUGGAUAUUCCGUCGUACACAGCUGCCGGUUCGCGCAAAACAGAGCGAUCAAGAGCCGUCCCCAAGCCUAAGAAACUUGCACAAUCUGAGAAAACUCGGGCCCAAGAAGUCACGCAGCAAAAUGAGACGAGCGAGCAAGGAAAUGUACAGAAACGAAAGCGCCCUGGGAGACCCCCAAAACUGCAAAGGAUGAACAAUGAUGAGGAUGAUGCCGUGGGACAACGACCUUCCAAGAAAUCAAAGACUGCCAGUCAGACUGGGCGGGGGUUGAAGGGCUCCGGAAAUCCAGAGUUAGACAAAGUUGUGGAAAAUUAUGUCAAUCGUACGGGGCCUCUAAAGGAUCGGAGCUUAUACAUACUGAAGCGGGAAAUACCCACUGAUGGCAGCGCAACCCACACUCGAUCGGGGCGAGUUUCUGUUAGACCGCUUGCUUACUGGAAAAAUGAGAGGUGCGUUUAUGGAGACGGCGAGGCCGCCGAAGGCCAGCGCUAUCCGCUUUCGACUAUCAAAGAGAUCAUCCGAACAGAGGAACUGGAACCGGAGAAGAGGAAAGUCAGUAAACGGCGGUCAUCCAAGAAAUCCAAGUCGCGGAAGAGUCGAGACGAUGAGUCGGAUAAUGAAGACGACGAUUACGUCGAUCCGUGGGAGAAAGAAGGCGGCGUCUUGCAUGGUUAUGUUAGGAAAUGGGAUCCAGACACCCAAGCCGGUUCCAUCGAAGAGGAGAUCCUCGGUAAGUACUUUUGAAUGCUUGCUUUUUUCUCUGAUCGCCUGGCUAUUGAAUCACACCAAAGUACGCUGACCCAGGGUAAUUGUAGAUAUCGCCUAUGCUCCGUCCGGUAUCGAGACGAGAGAUGUCAAAGACUCUACCUUCCGCUUUGCUAAGCUGCUGAGCUCCCC